GUCUAAACAGGAAGCGCGAAAAAAUGAAUGACAGUCGAAGACCAAAACAUUUGUUAGGAUUUAACUUGUAGAAUGAUGUAUGAACUCAUGAUGUAAAAUGCAACUACAUCGAAUUUAUACACAGAGUUUCCAUCUACGCCAUGGCAAGUUCUGGAGAGAGCGAUAUAGUGGCAAAGACUUAUGCUAAAAUGGAAGAAGUUGAAGAAACAUUUGGAGAGCUUGAAAAGGCUUCUGUACCGACCAUUACAGUGAUUGGUGCUCUGGGCGAAGAAGAUGCUUCUAUAUCUGAAUUGUCACCAAAACUUCUUACUGCGAGAUUCAAACGAAUCAAGGCAGAAUUAAAUAUUGUAGAAAAUUCGGCAGUGCCCAUUGUUUCUGAUGACGAAGAUGUACAAUUUGAAAUAUUUACUAAAGAACUUGAGAAAGAUAUUUUAGAACUACAAGAGACUUAUUCCUUUGUGUGUGGACAGAACAAAGAUAUUGAUAACAUGAUAAAGAAGGAGGAAGAUAUACUGGACCAGAAUAAAUGUGUGUCAGAAAUGCUUCAAAACAGAAUUCAGAGUCCAGAGGAAGAAAACGCCCGAGUGCCUGACCGUAAAAAAGAGGAAAUCUAUCAAAAAAUACAAAAUGGAGAAAGCUAUCUGAAAGAGGUUGUGAAAAAGCUGGGAUCAUUUGUAGACAAGCAUUUUCCGUUGCCCUCGCAAGAGGUCUUUUCAGAACAGAUGAAUAAGUUACGAUCUGCUGAUCGUAAAUUAAAACUGCGUGACAUGAUAUCCUUAAAACAGAUUUUGGAAAGCCUCAUGAACAAGUGUGUUGAUGAACCAAGUGAUCCUUAUAUUGCCAUUGAUCACCGAUUUUGGCCACCUUACAUUGAACUCUUGCUCAGGUGUCAGAUUGCUCUGCGUCAUCCAGACAACAAAGACAGAAUCAAACUAGCCCCAUUUUAUCUCUGACGGUUGUUUAAUUUUAAAAGUUUGCAAACAUACUAUGACGUUUGUGUAUAUUUAUUAAGAAUCUGUAUUUUUUAAUAGUAAAAAUAUGCAAAAAACGGUUUUAUCAGGAUGUCAACAGAUUAUUAACUUAUGUUUCACCUAAUCCUUUAAGUAAUUGGGGUUAUUAACCAUUUCAGUGAUUUCAAUUUUUAAUAAAAUGAUAUUUCAACAUCAUAUGAUAAAACUUAGAUAUCACUUUAUUUGAAAAGGCACAGCUAUUUGCUGCAUAUUUAUAUCACCUGCAACAACAUGUAUGGUGGUACUGGAAACAGGGUGUUGGUUUAUCUGAAAUAAUAGACUCCCCUCUUUAAAAUAAUUAUUGAGUAGAGAUCUGCACCCAUUUGAGUUUAGAAGAAAUCGUAAUUUUGGACUAGGUGUCACCCUCACCCAUUUCAGGUCUGUUAAUUGACCUAUUUCCAAAAAUAAAGUCCCAAUUAAAAAAAAGUAACUGUCAGUAUUUCAGUUUUUUUUAGUACCCAACUUUGAAUGAACUAGUGUAUGUUCUAUCCUGAUAAAACCCUUUAGUCCAGUGCUCACUCUAAAAUUAUUGCAGUUCCAUCAUUGGCAGGAAUAAUCAUGGAGGGGGCCAUGGGGCCGGGCCAUUGACCCCUCAUAACUGCAAUUGACCCCCCCCCCCCC